GCCCCUCAAUUAGGCCUCGCCUCCACCUCCCCAGGCUCUUCCACUGACCACUACGGACCGCUCAGGAUGCGCCGGGUGUCAGCGACCCUCCGCAGCAGGGCGAGGCCCCGGGGGCGGGCCCGGAACGCAACGCCGGUCCCGGUCCCAGGGAACCAGACAGGCACCUGUGCUCAGCUCCAUCCGCCCCCUCGGGGUACCUUGCAAGUUGUCCGUGGAGAUGGCACCUCCUUGGGGACUGUGCUCAUGUUCCACUGCCCCUCUGGCCACCAGAUGGUGGGGUCUGGUCUCCUCACGUGCGCCUGGAACGGGAGCAUCGCCGACUGGUCUUCAGGAAGGCCUAUGUGCAAAGCUGUACCCCCACAUGAGACCUUCGGCUUCAAGGUGGCAGUAAUCGCCUCCAUCGUGAGCUGCGCCAUCAUCCUGCUCAUGUCUAUGGCCUUCCUCACCUGCUGCCUCCUCAAGUGUGUGAAGAAGAGUGAGCAGCGGCGCGCUGACAGGGCGGCACAGCUGUGGUACCAGCUGAGAGGCGAGGACCUGGAGACGGUGCAAGCUGCCUACCUGGGCCUCAAGGGACACAACCACAAUAACAGCAGCAGUGUCAGCGGUGGCGCCAGUGGUGGUGGCGGUGGCAAGCCAGGGAUUCAGCACAGCCAGGCCCAUGACAACCACAGCUUCACCACAGACUUCAGUGACAUCAGAGAGCAGGCUGGCAUGACCCGCAGUGUGGACAAAGACCCUUGGACUUUCGGGAUAGGAACUGCAAGCCCUGGUGGCUCCCCCAACUCUCCGUGCACCUACGUUAGGGUCCACGCAAUGAACUCUGCAGGGAUGGCCCCUGGAAUGCCCAUGAGGUCCAAAGUGUACCUUCCAGGGUGACCCCACCAGCCAGAGGGUCUGCAACUCAACACUUGUCCAGCUGGAGAUGGGCCAGGGCAAUCACCUCCAGCUAUAGGAUGCCCUUGGGGGCCUAGCUGACAUCAAAGGCUGGGGCCCCAGCAGAGACUGGUCUGUCUUGGAGAAGCCCUCCUCUGGCUGUUACAGGGACCUGCUCAUUGAACUGCUACAGGGAUGAGGUCCCAAAGAAGCCACACCACAACCAGGGUUCUUUUAAAGAGACUGUGAGACAUUUUAAGCAGAUGUAGUUUUGCAUAAUAGAAUAGGAAAAUAUUAAUAAAUACUUUCAGCAAUACAAGUAGUCACCUCAUCAUCCUCUGGG